GCGCUGCUGAGUCUCUGACUGGCAGGAAACAGCAGUGAGCGGUAAAAUGGCGCAUUGCUGAGCGACCCGCCAGAAGUGAGCAGAAACAUUAAAAAGUUUAAAGCGGUGUUCUGUAUUUACUCUGUUUCUGAGAGCGAACAGGGAUUCAGUGUUUUCACAGCGAUCAGGAACGGAGAGUAGAGGAGCAUGUUUGUGGCGCGAAGCAUCGCUGCAGAUCACAAAGAUCUGAUCCACGAUGUUUCCUAUGAUUUCCACGGCAGGAGGAUGGCGACCUGCUCCAGCGACCAGAGCGUGAAGGUUUGGGACAAAAGUGACGAUGGAGAAUGGCAUUGCACAGCCAGUUGGAAGACCCACAGUGGCUCAGUGUGGAGAGUGACGUGGGCUCACCCAGAGUUCGGACAGGUGCUGGCGUCCUGCUCUUUUGACCGCACCGCAGCAGUGUGGGAAGAAAUAGUCGGCGAAUCCAACGACAAACAGCGAGGACUUAGUCACUGGAUCAAGAGAACAACUUUGGUGGACAGCAGGACUUCAGUAACAGAUGUGAAGUUUGCACCAAAGCACAUGGGCCUGGUGCUGGCCACUUGCUCUGCAGAUGGAGUGGUGCGCAUUUAUGAAGCUCCAGACGUGAUGAACCUUAGUCAGUGGAGUCUGCAGCACGAGAUAUCCUGCAAGCUCUCCUGCUCCUGCAUCUCCUGGAACCCCUCCAGCUCCCGUGCUCAUCCUCCUAUGAUCGCUGUGGGUAGUGAUGACAACAAUGUGACCUACAGUGGAAAAGUACAGAUCUAUGAAUACAAUGAAAAUACCAGGAAGUACACCAAAGCAGAGACGUUAAUGACCGUUACAGAUCCUGUUCAUGACAUUGCUUUCGCUCCUAAUCUCGGGAGGUCUUUCCAUGUGCUUGCCAUAGCAACCAAAGAUGUCCGCAUUUUCAAGCUUAUACCUCUCCGGAGAGAAAGUACCACAAGCUCUGGACCAACUAAGUUUGAGGUGCAGGUGAUGGCUCAGUUCGACAGCCAUAACUCUCAGGUGUGGCGCGUCAGCUGGAACAUUACCAGUACCCUACUGGCCUCCUCCGGGGAUGAUGGCUGUGUUCGCCUAUGGAAGGCUAAUUACAUGGAUAACUGGAAGUGUACAGGGAUCCUGCGGGGUGAUGGCAGCCCAGUGAAUGGCUCCUCAGUUCAGGGUGCGGCUCUCGGUGCUGUGGGGUCUGGUGGAGCACAGACACAGAAUAGUGUGGUGGGAGCAGCUUCUGCCGGCAGAAAGAAAGCUCAACUGAUGCCAGGCUAACAGUGACCGGGUGCUUGCUGCAUGUACAUACACCCCUUACACACACACACAGUUGUGAUUGCAUACAGGAUUUGAAAAGAACUUCCUUCUGAUGCCUACACAGACAAUCCACACACUCCUCCAGCUACUAAUCCAAGGGUGUGUGGCAGUAUGCGUUUGGUGUGUGAAAACUGCAACUGAAAUAACUUCAGAAGUACUGAUUGUGUGUUGUGUUUGGUGGCACUUACUUUUUUUUUGUGAAACAGUUUUUGAUGUUAUACUGGUGGUCUUUGGAUCUGCUGAGUGUGAUGUAUAUUGUUAUGUUCUAUUCCUCUCAUGUCAGAAUAGUUGAGAAAUGAAUUAAAGGUGAAUUAAGCACAGGUAUUUUUUCUAAGCCUAAUGCCAUUAGUAAAUGGCUGUUCCAUUUGAUUCCAUUUCAAACUAAAUCAUGAUUGUUUGACCAAUAGAAAUGAUCCAAAAUGAAUAAAAGCCCUCAUUUUUCUCUAUUCUCAAGAAGUUACCGUUUUAGUGGUUGAAGGUUUUGUCACAGGACUGUAUAAGUUUUAUUUUUAGGACUGAAGACACUCCGAAUAGUCUAAAACACACUAAACACAAAAAUACAUGCCUCAUUUUGUACCUGUUCAAGGUGUUAAUGGUGUUAAUGUAAUAUGUUCCACUCCAGAUUUAUACACUUGCAAAGCCAGCUGUAUUCUAAUAAUAUUAAAUUGCUGAUAUGGUGCUGCUGUGGAACAGUUUUAUGUUCAAAUAAAAACUGCUAAUGCUGCUAAUAAAAAUAAAAGAAGGAAGGAAAACAAAUAGUCACCAGUUAUCCACACUUAGCAUUGCAUUCCAUUAAUUGUUAGCCACGUUAGCAUGUUUUUGUUUAGUUUAUUGCUUAAUUCUUUGAUGGGGAAACUGGGAAUUAGAUGGUCUGAUAUGAAGCAACUAAUGCCUUACUUAAACUGUACUAAUUCUGUGUGAGUGUGAGAAUAUAACCUGCAUUCCUCAAAGAGUGUGUUCUGCUGUUCCACAGUGUUAACAGCAGAGGGGGCAGUUAGCUGAACUGGUAUGCUAGUGCUCAGCAAGAGAGACAUUAUAAAUUCAGUAGUCUAGAUGGGUUUUAGCUUUACUGCUAAAACGUUUCUCUGGAUUAUGUGAAGGUUCACUAGAAAUACAGUUUACAAUUUUCCAAUUUUUACAGUUUUACAAGUGUCGUCAGUCACCCGAAAUAUGUUUGUUGUUUAAAGUUCACUUUUUCUGUUUUUAGCAUUGAAGCUACAAGGCUAAUUGCUAUAAUGAGCCUUUCCAACAAAUCACUUUAGCAGCAGCUUUUUUAUACAUAAAAAAAUAAAAUAUACAAUGUAAGAACUUUCAAUAUUCAAGAAAAUAAGCAGUUACUUCCAAAAGGAAGAAUAGGUUGAUUUAUGUUUAUUUGUUGGAAGGGCUCAAAUAUCAUUUUACCUUUAGUAUUCUCUGAGAUAUUAAUGGUAAAAUAUUGUACUAUCCUUCUAGUUCCUGCGAUUCCUUUUUUUUUUUUUUUUUUUUUUUUUUGCUUAAACACAUAUUGUGCUGUGAUUGGAAAAUACGCAUUAUGAGCUACAACUGCCUUAUAGCUCCACUAUAGAUGUACAGACUGUAGACCAACUGUAGUUCAACUGUUGAUGCACAAUGUAUUCAUCAUUGGCGAGUCUCUGGUGACCGCUGUUGUCCAAAUAUUAUUGAGGUGGUGAAUCAUUUUCAGAACAUUAGUGAUAAAAUAGCCAGUAAAGGUAGAAACUGACCACUGAUGAAGAAAUAGGAAAUUGGUGUGCAGCUAACACAAACUGAAUCAAGUUAGGCUACAUGUCGGCAAACUAAUGCUACUAGAGAAGUGUUUCUCAUGAGGUGACCAGUGCUGGUACCUCACACCUCAUUAGAAGUUAGAGUUGAAUGUAAUCUGCAGGUUAACAUCUAUGAUGGCCCAAGGCGGAGCUAAAAAUUCUUAUGGACAUUUAUUUUGUCUUGGUUUCAUCAAGUUUAAAAACAACACAGUGUUUCUGUACAUUUACGUUUCAGCACGUCUGGGUGAUUUGUAUGUGUGAAAUAAAGUUUAUUACACAGCA